UGCGAUACGGCCCGGUUCGACAGCACUAGACGCAGGCAUUUCCGCACACUCCAAGAGGACGAGGGCCUCGAACGUGAAACGUCCAUUCCGCCUCGAGCUUCUUCUGAACGAGAGUCCACAGACGACCCUUCCCUUCCGGACCGCCGCAACAAUGGCGACCCUCGGAGGCUACCUCAACAAGAAAGUCCUGAUAGUAACGGCGGACUCGAGAAUCCUCGUGGGCACCUUGGAAGCCGCGGACCAGUCCACCAACCUCGUCCUCAGCAACGCCCAAGAGCGGGUGAUCCAGACCCCCGAGAGCGGAGAGCCCUCGGUCCAGGUCCCCCUCGGCCUCUACCUCGUCCGCGGCGACAAUGUCUGCACCAUCGGCCUGGUGGACGAAGCGCUAGACGACAGCAUCAACUGGACCGAGGUCAAGGGCUCCGCCAUUGGAGGAACCAAGCACACAUAAAAACAAGCCAGCGACACCGACACGGCUUAUGGAUCGGAGUGGCAAUUGUUUGAUUGCAUCACGGAUGUGUUUUGUUUCUUUAUUGCGAGCGGGAUACCCCAGUGUUGGGAAGACGUGAGCUUUUGCCGCCGCGAGGCACGCGUGCACGCAAGAGCACAGGCACACACACACACACACACACACACACAAAACAACGGCGUUAAAUAUGUUUGGGUUGGUAGAGAAUGAUAUUGGGUUCCUACG